GUCCCACCCAGGUGUCCCCAGCCCCGUUCUGUGUGUCCCAGGUCGCAUUUUGGGUGUCCCCAGCCCUGUUUUGGGUGUCCCCAUCAUGCCCAUCCCUCUCCGCAGGCGGCGAUGCCCGUGGAGCCCCUGGUCUGUGCCCACACGGCCACGCGGGUGAGCUCGGUGCUGAACCGGGACGUGAAGCAGUUCGGGAAGCAGCACCUCUUUGAUGGCAGCGAGGAGACCUGCUGGAACUCGGACCAGGGCACGUCCCAGUGGGUCACCCUGGAUUUCCCCCGCCCUGUCAAGGUCUCCCAGCUGCACAUCCAGUUCCAGGGGGGCUUUUCCAGCCGGCUGUGCACGCUGGAAGGCUGCAGAACGGGCGAGGAACUGGUGAAAAUAUCCGAGCUGUACCCCCAGGACAGCCACGCCAUGCAAAGGUUCCAGGUGGAGGAGACGGUGCUGGACAAGCUGAAAAUCACCUUUGGGAGCAGCACGGAUUUCUUCGGGAGGGUGGUGGUUUAUCACCUGGGGGUGCUGGGGGAGAGGCUCUAGGGGGGGACCCCGGGGCUGUCCCCUCUUUGGGGGCUCUGAACACCCCACGAGGGGGAUCCCUGUCCCCUGAGGUGACACUGGUGAGGCUGUGGUGGGGCACAGGCGUGGAAUGGGAUCAAUAAAAGAUAUUCCUGUUUUUUCCUGGAA